ACUUUAAAACAUAAUGUUUGUAUUGAUUUUCCUUUCCUCAUUCAUUUAAUAUAGUUUGUCUAUUACUUAAGGAAAUUUUUCACUCUUUUUUCUAGUCCAUGUUGUCCCAUUUUGCAGCUGUAUCAUAAUUCCCAACACCAAUGUUAAAUGGAGGAAUGAUUAAUUAUGCUCUUAUUUUUUAUUUUUCAAUUCACAAAUUAUUAUAUUGGUGAGAAAUAAUUGUGAAUUCCCACAGCUGGGAAAAUCUUACCUUUUUUUUUUUAGUUAGAAGACAUUUGCUUUUAUUGUUGCCUUUUGUUUUUAGAUUAAAAAAUACUGUAUGAUAUAAACAUCCCUCUUGACUUUAUUGUUUACUAAUACAUUUUUUACAACAAAGCCAUACAUUUUAUCUGAUAUAGGCAAUAGUGCUCUUCAUAUCAAAUACAGAGAACUAUUUUUCUACACUUUUUGAAAAAACAGUAUGGGCUUAGGCAGUAAUAAAUAUUCCACAUUUCAUAUGACAAAAUGCCAAUUUCCCUUUUUAUUGCUUUUUCUAUUUCUAUAUAUUCUCACAUAUAUUUAAUUCUUAAAUAUAUUUAUAACAUAUUAUUUAAACAUUUCUAAUACCUAAUUACUUUUGGGAAGUCCUAUAAAUGGAGAAGGCAUUCUCAUCAUUGUGUGAAUUUGUAGUUACCAGUUGUCAGCUUUUUAAAAAUCAAGUUAAUUUAGUUUUGAAAUAUAAACUCUUUGAUUUAUAACUAAAAUUUUUCUUUGCUGGGGAGGAAGCUGUUAAUAAACUUCUUUUUUUCUGUACAUAAUCUUUUUCCUUGACUAGAUGAACUAUUUGAGUUAAUAACUGACCAAAAAUAUAAGAUAUUUCUUAUGAGGAGACCAAUAUUUCCCUUUUCCAAAUUAAUUUAUUUUGCAUAUAUGAUUUCAGUAACAUCAUAUAAUUUCCUACCUGGAGCCAAUAAAUAGAAUUAUUGCUACUCUUCCAAUUAAUCAGAUUAUAUUAGCAACCUUAUGGAAAUUGCUAGGAACUUCAAUAGAAAGAGAAAGUUGAUACUUUAACUAUGUUAGAUGUUGAUAUUCAAAGAAACUCUUCAUUUAGGGCAGCAAUUUAUGAAAUACCUUAACCACUAUAGAAAACUUUCAACUAACAAGACUAUAUGGCAAUAUAGAUUUUGUCAAGGCUUAUCUUCCUGUAAGCAAAGGAAUCUUUUGCUUGGGGGGCUUAGUAUUGGUUAGCAAAUGAACUCUUUACUUACUAAAAAUAAUUGUAAUAGAAAGUCAGUGAUAAGGACUACUACUUAUCAGUAUAAAUAUUAGAUAUAGGAUAUGUUAUGUAAUUUAUGUAAGGUGUUCUCAUGUUGGGGGUACUUUGUAUUACAGUUGUCUGUGAGGAUUAUACAAGUAUAUCAGAAUUCUGGAGAAGGGUGAGUGUUGGUGUGUGUUUAUUUGAAAAAUCUUUUUAUGACUUUCAUUGUAUCAUUUAGAGAAAGAGUUUUAUUAUCUACAGUUGAUGACAGUAAGGAUGAAUUCAUAGUAAAAUUGACAUUUUGGCAUGACUUUGAUAUGAGUGGAGCAUUUUUUACAGGUAAAGGUGUAGAUAAUUUUUAAAAAUUGAACAAAGAUUGUAUUGAGGAAGAAGGCAAGUAAGUGAUCUAUGUUGUCUGCAAAAUAGAGAUAAUAUUGGAAAAUAGUUAAAAAUAACACCAGAAAUGUUGGCUUGUGAUCACAUCUCAGGUCACAUAGAAGUGAUUCUAACAUCUUGGAAUUUAUUUGUUUAGUGCAAUCCAAUAAAAGCUGUACCCAUGAAGAUAAAUAUGGUGGUAUGUGAAAAGACAGAUGGGCUAUAGGACAACUUUGAAUAGGACAAGUAGGGGACAUGGAGUAAUAAAAAAAAAUCCACAGAGGUGACAUGUAAAAUGUUAAUGCCAUUAAAUAAAAGGUGAAUUUAAGGGUUUGAAUUUGAGGAGUAUUAAUAAUUUAUCUUCAUAACCUUUAAAUUGUAAUCAAAUUAUUUUCUGGGAGUUAUCAGCAUGUAUAGCUAAAAAUGAUUAUCACAACCAUUGAAAAGAGGAAGGAAGAUGUGAAUUGGAGAAUACCUUCAAUAAAAGUCUUGUGUGAAAUGUUGGAAGUGGAUAAGAGCAUUUUAAUGAAAUCAUGUAAGAGCUUGAAGUCGAAAGAAAAGGAUAAGGUCAUUUAGGAGCAGCUGAAGGAUCAAAGCAGCAAAGCACAAUAGGUAGAAAUUCCACAGGAUUUUGCAGUGAUGGAGAAGUAUGCAAAGGAAAACGUUUUGAGGGGGAGACCUAAUAGAAGCUGUAGAGAAAUUAAGAAAUGCUGUAAAGAUUAUGUUCCCAAAUUUUCAUCCUCCAUUAUUAAAUAAAAGAAACAUUAUUAGGAGCAGUUGAUGUUCAUUGAACAAAGAAAGAAUGAAAUUUGGUCAUCUAUAAGGUCUUUAAAAUUUGGGUAAAAUUUGUUACUUUAAAAUUACACUCUUUUAUCAGAGCCAAAUUUAAUAGCAUAUCUUGUGACAGAAAUAUAUGCACAUGUUCUCUACACAAAAUAUGGAGGAUAAUUUGCACUUCUAAUUCCCACUUAAACUUUCUAAACUGGUUGAUACAGUUUUUACAUUACUAGAAGGAAAGUUGUUUCACUCUGAAUAUUCUGAACCCUUACUCUAAACUAACAAGACAAAUGAGAUAUUUGCAAACAUGAGGAGAUUUACUAUAAAAGUAAGGCAAAAGACAUAUAUAUGUAUAAUAUAUAUAGCAUGAAUUCAUUUCUUACCCUUUGGAGCCGCAUGAUGUCGCUGUCUACCAUGAAUACACGAGCUGCUAUUCAAGUCCAUUCCUCCCAUUAUUGCAUCCUUCCAAGAGUGCUGAAUGAUGGCAGUCGCAGAAGAAUUGAAUUAACAGACUCGGGAUCAUACAAUAUUUCAUCUUAAUGCCUAGACAAGAUUUCCUGAUGGAAAUAAACCAGCAAGUAUUUGAAAUGGUUAUUACAUCUGAAGGUCGACUGAGAUCCCGGUGUUUGAUGCUCUCGCUUCUGCUUCUUGCAGCCUGGGAAGCAGGGAGCGGCCAGGUCCACUACUCGGUCCCGGAGGAGGCCAAACACGGCACCUUCGUGGGUCGCAUUGCCCAGGACCUGGGACUGGAGCUGGCGGAACUGGUUCCCCGCCUGUUUCGGGUGGCAUCCAAAGGCCGCGGGGACCUUCUGGAGGUAAAUCUGCAGAAUGGCAUUUUGUUUGUGAAUUCUCGGAUCGACCGGGAAGAGCUGUGCGGACGGAGCGUGGAGUGCAGCAUCCACCUGGAGGUGAUCGUGGACCGGCCGCUGCAGGUGUUCCAUGUAGAGGUGGAGGUGAAGGACAUUAACGACAACCCGCCUGUGUUCCCGGUAAAGGAACAAAGAGUGUUGAUUUCCGAAUCUAGGCUGCCAGACUCUUUGUUUCCACUAGAGGGCGCAUCGGAUGCAGAUGUGGGGUCAAAUUCUAUUUUAACCUACAGACUCACUUCCAACGAAAAUUUCGCACUGGAUGUGAAAACAAACAGUGAUGACAGUACACAAAUUGGGCUCAUGUUAAGGAAAUCCUUGGACAGAGAGGAAGUGCCCGAACAUAACUUACUCCUCAUGGCCACUGACCAAGGCAAACCUGAGCUCACUGGCACUGUUCAGCUGCUGAUUACUGUACUGGAUGUGAAUGACAAUGCUCCCAGUUUUGGACAAUCUGAAUACGAAGUAAAAAUCUUUGAAAACUCAGAUAACGGAACAAUAGUUAUCCGAGUGAAUGCUUCUGAUAGGGAUGAAGGAGCGAAUGGGGAAAUAUCAUAUUCUUUUAAUAAUCUUGUUCCAGCCACUGUUAGUAACCAGUUUAGAAUAGAUGCGAAUACUGGAGAAAUAGUUAUUCAAGGGAACUUAGAUUUUGAAAAUAUGAAUUUAUACAAAAUCCGUAUUGAAGCGACGGACAAAGGCCACCCUCCCAUGGCUGGUCAUUGCACCGUUUUAGUGAAAGUCUUGGAUAAAAAUGAUAACGUCCCUCAGAUUGCUUUGACUUCCUUAUCCUUGCCCGUCCGAGAGGAUGCUCAAUUAGGUACUGUCAUAGCCCUAAUUAGCGUGUCCGAUCUGGACUCAGGUCCCAAUGGGCAGGUGACCUGCUCUCUGACGCCCUAUGUUCCCUUCAAACUGGUGUCCACCUUCAAGAAUUACUAUUCACUAGUGCUGGAUAGCCCCGUGGACCGAGAAAACGUGGCUAACUAUGAAAUGGUUGUGACUGCGAGGGACGGGGGCUCGCCUUCGCUGUCGGCAACGGCCAGCAUGUCCGUGGAGGUGGCCGACGUGAACGACAAUGCUCCCGCAUUCGCGCAGCCUGAGUACACGGUGUUCGUGAAGGAGAACAACCCGCCCGGCUGCCACAUCUUCACCGUGUCGGCGCGAGACGCCGACGCGCAGGAGAACGCGCUGGUGUCCUACUCGCUGGUGGAGCGACGGGUGGGCGAGCGCGCGCUGUCGAGCUACGUGUCGGUGCACGCGGAGAGCGGCAAGGUGUACGCGCUGCAGCCGCUGGACCACGAGGAGCUGGAGCUGCUGCAGUUCCAGGUGAGCGCGCGCGACGCGGGCGUGCCUCCCUUGGGCAGCAACGUGACGCUGCAGGUGUUCGUGCUGGACGAGAACGACAACGCGCCCGCGCUGCUGCCGCCCGGGUCUGGCGGAGGACCCAGCGCGCUGAGCCAGGUGGUGUCGAGGUCCGUGGGCACGGGCCACGUGGUGGCAAAGGUGCGCGCGGUGGACUCUGACUCGGGCUACAACGCGUGGCUGUCGUACGAGCUGCAGCCGGCGGGGGGUGGCGCACGCAGCCCGUUCCGCGUGGGGCUGUACACCGGCGAGAUCAGCACGACGCGCGCCCUGGACGAGGCGGACGCGCCGCGCCAGCGCCUGCUGGUGUUGGUGAAGGACCACGGCGAGCCGGCGCUGACGGCCACGGCCACCGUGCUGCUGUCGCUGGAAGACAGCGGCCAGGCGCCCAAGGCCUCUUCGCGGGCGUUGUCUGGUGAAGCUGGCACAGAAACGGCGUUAGUGGAUGUGAAUGUGUACCUGAUCAUCGCCAUCUGCGCGGUGUCCAGCCUGUUGGUACUUACGCUGCUGCUGUACACGGCGCUGCGGUGCUCGGCGCCGCCCAGCGAGGGCGCGUGCGGGCCGGUGAAGCCCAGGCUGGUGUGCUCCAGCGCGGUGGGGAGCUGGUCUUACUCGCAGGAGAGGCGACAGAGGGUGUGCUCUGGGGAGGGGCCGCCCAAGACCGACCUCAUGGCCUUCAGUCCCAGCCUACCAGCCUGUCCAGUAGUGGCAGAUAUGGGCGAGCAUCAGGAUUUAAAGGAUGACUGUCUUUCCAAAGUAAGUCUGAGUUUUCAUAAUUAACAGUUGAUUU